CGUUUUUUGUAGUUAGCUCCUAAUCGUCGACGAACCAUGAGCUCUCAGAUCAGUCAGAAUUAUUCCGCUGAAGCGGAGGCCGGCGUCAACCGCCUGGUCAACCUGCAUCUGCGGGCUUCCUACACCUACCUCUCUCUGGGCUUCUACUUCGACCGCGACGAUGUGGCCUUGGAAGGCGUGGGACACUUCUUCCGCGAGCUGUCGAAGGAGAAGCGCGAGGGUGCCGAGACUCUUUUGAAGCUGCAGAACCAGCGUGGCGGCCGCGCCCUCUUCCAGGAUGUGCAGAAGCCGUCCCAAGAUGAGUGGGGUAAUACCCUGGACGCCAUGGAAGCUGCCCUGGCCCUGGAGAAGACCCUGAACCAGGCCUUUCUGGAUCUGCACGUGGUGGCUUCUGCCCAGGCAGACCCGCAUCUCUGUGACUUUCUGGAGAGACAUUUCCUAGAUGAGGAGGUGAAACUCAUCAAGAAGAUAGGCGACCACCUGACCAACAUCCGCAGGCUGGCCGGGCCCCAGGCUGGGCUGGGCGAAUAUCUCUUUGAGAGGCUCACCCUCAAGCAUGACUAGGAGCCUCCAGAGCCUCCUGUGAGGGCCCCUCUGCAAUCUUCUGUCCUCAUCAGGCUUUUGCCUGAAUUUCUCCCUUUAGCUUUUAGGCAGCAUCUGAACCACCCUGGAGGGCCCUCUCCCAAGCCGUGGACCAAAUGGAAACAAUAAAGCUUUUUGCAGCA